AGAAAAGGGGCACACAGUAUAAACUCUGUGUACAUGUAUAUCAGAGGUGUAGAAAAGGGGCACACAAUGUAAACUCUGUGCAUUAAAUUUAGAUGAAAAUACUUUAAAAAGCAGAUAUGUUAAUAAGAAAUAACUUGAUCUAACUAGUACAAUGGGGAAACCCGACAGUUCUCUUUUGAUAUUAUUUUUUUAAUUUGGGGGAUUUUCAAUGAGCUAUCAUACACGGUUGGUAUUGUUUGUGUACGACGUUUUAGGAAACAGAUUUGAAAUAUUCACUUCCGAAGUAUCCUGACGUGUGGUCUUCUCUUGAAUUCUAAACAGUUUCAGUUCUAAGCUAGCACCGUGAAGACAUUGGUGUAUUGGUUAUUGAUCUGUUAUUGACAUGAUAAAGUAGAUUGGCCCGUGAAGAGGACUGACAGACUAAUUCUAUGUUUGACGUAUGGAUCCAGGCUGACUUAUGUAACCGCAAAUUAAGAAAAGACGUGAGACAACGUAAUCCAUCAGCUCGCAACUCAACCGUGACCGAUAAUGUUUGAUGAAUUUAACCAAGGAAAUUACGUUACAUGUAGUUCAUACUUACACACUGAAGUUCAUUCAAACCCGGCAGGUAUAUAAGUAAUCGCUCAUCAUUUUGAUUUCAGAAUAAAAAAUAUUUCAAGAAGCGAAGAGGAUUAAGAUAGACCGAACUUGUUUGACUUGGAGAGCUCAGCUUGUAGUAUGAUGUAUUUAUGGUUGUUGACAGUGCUGAGUAUCGUAGAGGUAUCCCUCCAGCACGGCUACAUGAUAGACCCCCCUUCACGGUCCUCACUCUGGAGAGUGAAUGACAAAGUCCCUCCUAACUAUGAUGACAAUAGGCUGUACUGUGGCGGCAGGGCUAAAAUCCAACAAUUAGGCGGACUGUGCGGACCAUGUGGGGAUCCUUACGAUGGAGAACGCGAAAACGAGGCUGGGGGGAAAUACGCUUUGGGAAUAAUUUCGAAACAUUUGCCUGAUGGAGCCGAUAUUCUGGAAACAAAAGUAGUCAACACGGCAUUCCAUGAGGGGUACUAUGAAUUUAGAAUUUGUCCUAACAAUGACACCACAAAAUCAGUCACCCAGGAAUGUCUGAACGAGAAUCUCAUGUCGAUAUUGGAGGGCGAUGACCAGUUUCCCACACGAUUCUAUCCGCCUGGUACUGGCGAACAUCUCGUGCACAUUCAGCUUCCACAAGGCAUCAAGUGUUCUCAGUGUGUGGUGCAGUGGCGGUACAGGACAGGAAACAGUUGGGGCAGGGAUCUUGAUGGAACAGAAUGCAUUGGUUGUGGAGUACAGGAAGAAUUCCGGAACUGCGCGGACAUCAGUAUUGGUUCGGGAGACAAAAGCACCCGAUCUCGGCAAAGCAUUCGAGGAGAAAUCGUAGACCCGCUUGUCACAGAAAAUAACAUGCGUCCGAGAGUUAAAACUAUGAGACACUCCAAACCAACAUUUAACAAAAAUCACCGGAUUAUCAGCACAACUCCGGUAACCACAACUCCAACACCGCUCGUCCGCACAACUCCACGAUCUGAGGUCCGCAGAUUGACACUCGAUCACCUCUGGACCAGAACAACCUUUCUCAAACCGCGAAUCCACAUCGACAUGUCUAGAAACCGAAUCAGCUCUACCACACCAAGGCCACAACCACGAAUCUCCUUCAUCGAACCGACGACAACCAAAAGCCCUAUUGCAACACACAGCUCCGCUAAAACUCGUCUUAUGCAGUUAAGAAAGCUCCAGAGAUUAGCAGCUCUUGCCAUGCAAAUGAAAUAUCUGCUUAACACACUGCGACAUCUGCCUGUAUUCAAAAACCUGAAUCUAGGUAUACUAGACGAGGAAUUACUAGGACAGCGAGACGCUCCGUGGAAUAACUUGGCCAAACAGUCAGCAGCAAAAGCGGCGCCACAAAGCAGAUCGUUCCCAUGGCGAUCUGGCAUGUCAUUGUCUGAAAUAAAAGCAAAACCACGCCAGAAGCCAUUUGUAAGGGCUCGAAGCUCGGCACACAUCCUUAGCAUCCCAUCAGCCAAUGUCAGUUCUAGAUUCAAUCACCCUCUUCUUCGUCCACCGAGUACUGUCCUGACAGCACAGUUUAGGAGGGAGAAAACACGUACAGUCACACUGCGUUCUGAAGAAGACAACAAGAGAAAUGCUACAGAAACUGAAUCUGACAAAACACAGAAUGACGUCAGCAGUAACAUUACGGUGUAUAAAAAUGAAUUUAAUGUCAUUAGUCCGGAGUCGUUAGAGGGAGAAACCAGUAUCACCGACUGGUACAAAAAGAUUGUCAAACUCAUGGUUAAAAAGCAAUACCCAGUGGACGAAAUAAGAAAAAUGGUGGAGAGACUCAGGCAGAUAAAAGAUGUUCAUAAGAUACAGCCCACAGACAUGUUAGAGAGAAUUCAAAAUUCGGAUCUGCCCGUGGCGGAAUCGGAGAAACCCGUGCCUUCAGACAACAGGGUCACAUCACCACAGUCAACGUCAUCGCAAAAAUCUAACGUGGUAUACCCCAACAUUAAUAGACGAACAUGGCCAGCUACGGCCGACACAAACACAAAUAUGGUAUAUCCAAACAGCGACAGACGAUCAGCGACAGCCGACACGAACAUGGCAUACCCCGACCUAGAUAGAAGAAGACGUGUCAUGCCAUCUCAACAUCGCGAUAUCAGCGCCAUCCCACCAAACAUUAAUUCAGCAAGGAGGCGCGCCGGGUCACGAGGUCAAUUUGUCAAUAAUCCAAACCUGGACUAUGCAGAAGACAACCGACUGACUCUCAGAGAACGCAGACCGCUAUCCAUGAAGCUGGCGAAUUUCUUAGACCUCAACCCACAAUUCAGAAUUCCGUUUGGGGCUGUUUUCCGCUAAUACCGUACUCGCUGUAAUAUUUAGUGGUGAUUUCCAAGUGACAGAUAUGGCAAAUUUGUGAUCUUUUUUAUAUUAUUUAUACAUAGCUUUUAUAUAUUCUAUUUAUCCGUUAUGACAAUGCCUUGUGUUUUUAUAUAUUUUUACUUGUUUACAUGUUUGUUGCGUCUGCUUUCAAUCAUCCCUGUGAUUCAACUGUGAUGCACUUAUUUAUUCGCUAUGUUCAAUUUUUACAAUGAACAUUUUUAUUUUUUAUAUGAAUAAAGUAUCUUAAAACACAAAAA